UUGUCGCAGACUGAUGUUGAUACACGGAUGUGGAGUCGCUGCGAAAUUUCAGUGUUUUUUCACCGCACCGACACUGCGAACCGAAAGAAAUGGAGCGAUUGGCCCCCAUGCGGCUCUACACCCUGUCCAAAAGACAUUUUGUCUUGGUCUUCGUGUUUUUCCUGAUCUGCUUUGGUCUCACAGUCUUCAUUGGGAUUGCAGGUCCCAGGAUCAUUACUGAGCAAGAGCACAAUGGUGAUCAGUUACUUCAGAAAAACCUCUCAAUCAAGACUGGGCCCUUCAAUCUAGUUUCUCCUCCCCUCACCACCUACAACCAGAAGCUAUGGCUCACCUGUUUGAUACAGGCUGAACACAGCAACAUGGGAGAUUUCGCGCAGCCUUUCGAGAUGAACGUUGAGCUAAAGGGAGUGAUGCAGGACGCCAGUGUGAUGCACAUAAACAACGUGGUUCAGAAAUCACGAAAGCUGCACUGCGGGGCUAAAUGUGACGAGAUCAUUGUGCUCCAUCUUGGCUAUCUGAACUACACCCAGUACCAAGUCAAGGUCAGCUUCAAAGGCCUUGAAAAUAUCACAUUUGAUAUCAAGGUCAAGUUUGUGUGGAAAACGUACAACCCCACCUUCUCGCAAGUUGAGAUAUGGUUCCGGUUUGUCUUUGUGGUGUUGACCUUCAUGGUGACGUGUAUGUUUGCACACUCCCUGAGGAAGUUUUCUAUGAGAGAUUGGGGCAUAGAGCAGAAGUGGAUGUCUAUCCUGCUCCCUUUGCUGCUACUCUACAAUGAUCCAUUUUUCCCGUUGUCAUUCCUGGUGAACAGCUGGUUUCCGGGGACGUUAGACGCUUUCUUCCAGGCUCUGUUCCUGUGUGCGCUGCUGCUCUUCUGGCUCUGUGUUUAUCAUGGCAUCAGGGUUCAGGGCGAGAGGAAAUGUCUUACGUUCUACCUGCCUAAGCUGGUCAUUGUAGGUCUUCUGUGGCUCUCAGCGGUGACACUGGGCAUAUGGCAAACGGUUAAUGAACUCCAAGACCCUACCUACGUAUAUAACAUAGACAUAGUGAACUUUGAGGGCAUGAAGGUCUUCUUCCUGAUUGUGGUUGCUCUCUACAUCCUCUACCUGAUCUUCCUGGUCGUCAGAGCUUGUUCUGAACUCAAGAACAUGCCUUACUCAGAUCUCCGGCUCAGGUUUUUGACAGCGCUGACGUUUGUGGUCUUUGUUAUAAGCAUGGUCAUUCUCUACCUGAGGUUUGGUGCCAAAGCACUCCAAGACAAUUUCGUCGCUGAACUGUCUACUCAUUACCAAAACUCAGCUGAGUUUUUAUCAUUCUAUGGUCUGCUCAACUUUUACUUGUACACACUGGCAUUUGUGUAUUCCCCCUCCAAAAAUGCACUUUACGACUCCCAGUUGAAGGAUAAUCCCGCUUUCUCCAUGCUGAAUGACUCAGAUGAUGAAGUAAUAUAUGGGAGCGAUUAUGAAGACAUGCCUUUACAAAACGGACGCGCCAUCAAAGCCACCGCCAAGUACCAGGAUCAGAGUGACAGCGACUGAUGGGAUUUCUGACCGGCUUGUAGUUCCUCUUCUGUGUCCCUGUUUGAAAUCAUGACAAUACAAUACAACAAACUAUCAUGUGUAUGUGUAAAUAACUUGCAUUGGUAUUAUGAAAAUGAUAUACUGUAAGUGUACAUAACUAUAUU